GCUGAGUCUGCGUCUGCGUCAAUCGUCUCCAAGCCGACGUUCACCCCUACCGUCCUAAAAGCACCCUUCUUUGAGCAAUUCACAGACGACUGGGAGAGCCGAUGGAAGCCAUCGUCUGCGAAAAAGGAGAACGACAAGGAGGAUUCCGAGGAGGAAUGGGCCUAUGUUGGUACCUGGGCAGCGGAGGAGCCUUACAUCUACAAGGGAAUUGAGGGAGACAAAGGUCUUGUUGUCAAGGACAAGGCCGCUCACCACGCCAUCUCGGCCAAGUUCCCCAAGAAGAUUGACAACAAGGGCAAGACCCUGGUUGUGCAAUACGAAGUCAAGCUCCAGAAUGGACUCGACUGUGGUGGUGCCUACAUGAAGCUUCUCCAAGACAACAAGGCUCUCCACGCUGAGGAAUUCUCAAACGCCUCUCCUUACAUCAUCAUGUUCGGUCCUGACAAGUGUGGUUCCACCAACAAGGUCCACUUCAUCUUCCGACACAAGAACCCCAAGACUGGUGAAUACGAGGAGAAGCACUUGAAGAGUUCUCCGUCAGCCAAGAUUGUCAAGACCACCUCCCUCUACACCCUAUACGUCAAGCCCGACCAGUCUUUCCAGAUCCUGAUUGAUGGCGAAUCGGUCAAGAACGGAACUCUUCUUGAGGACUUCAAGCCCUCCGUCAACCCUGAGAAGGAGAUUGAUGACCCCAAGGACUCCAAGCCCGACACUUGGGUUGACGAGGCUCGUAUUCCUGACCCAGAGGCCACCAAGCCCGAGGAUUGGGACGAGGAGGCUCCUUACGAGAUUGUUGACGAGGAGGCUGAGAAGCCUGAGGACUGGCUUGAAGAUGAGCCCCUUACUGUUCCUGACCCAGAGGCCGAGAAGCCCGAGGACUGGGAUGAUGAGGAGGAUGGUGACUGGGAAGCCCCCAAGGUCCAGAACCCCAAGUGCCAGGAAGCAUCGGGUUGUGGCAAGUGGGAAUCACCUAUGAAGAAGAAUCCUGAAUACAAGGGCAAGUGGACUGCCCCGUACAUUGACAACCCGGCCUACAAGGGUGUCUGGGCUCCCCGCAAGAUCAAGAACCCCGACUACUUCGAGGACAAGGCCCCGGCCAACUUUGAGCCCAUGGGUGCUAUCGGUUUUGAACUCUGGACAAUGUCCAACGACAUCCUAUUUGACAACAUCUACAUCGGACACUCUAUUGAAGACGCCGAAAAACUGAAGGCGGAGACCUUUGACAUCAAGAUUGCCUCGGAGAAGGCUGAAGAGGAGGCUAACAAGCCCAAGGUCGAGCCUCCUGUCUCACCCUCUGAUCUCAAGUUCAUGGACGACCCAAUUAAAUAUAUCCAGGAGAAGGUGAACCUCUUCAUCUCUAUUGCCAAGGACGACCCACUCGAGGCCGUCAAGUUCGUUCCCGAAGUCGCUGGUGCCAUCGGAGCCACCGUUGUGGCUCUCCUCCUCGCCAUUGUCUCUCUAUUCGCCUCCGGUGCUGCGCCCUCGAAGCAGCAGGUCAAAGACGCUGCCAAGAAGGCUCAGGACACCGCAAAGGACGCAAAGGACAAGACUGCUUCAGCGGUGGCAUCUGGCGCAGAGACUGCAAAGGCAGAGCUCAACAAGCGCACUACCCGCUCG